AUGCCGCCGCGGCGCAGCAUCGUGGAGGUGAAGGUGCUGGACGUGCAGAAGCGGCGGGUGCCCAACAAGCAUUAUGUCUACAUCAUCCGGGUCACCUGGUCCAGCGGCUCCACCGAGGCCAUCUACCGGCGCUACAGCAAGUUCUUCGACCUCCAGAUGCAGAUGUUGGACAAGUUUCCCAUGGAAGGGGGACAGAAGGACCCCAAGCAGCGGAUCAUCCCCUUCCUGCCAGGCAAAAUCCUCUUCCGGCGAAGCCACAUCCGGGACGUGGCCGUCAAGCGCCUGAUACCCAUCGAUGAAUACUGCAAGGCCCUGAUCCAGCUGCCCCCCUACAUCUCCCAAUGUGACGAGGUGCUGCAGUUCUUUGAGACGAGACCUGAGGACCUGAAUCCCCCCAAAGAGGAGCAUGUUGGGAAAAAGAAAUCUGGGAGCGACCAGACCUCGGCGGACCCCAUGGUCCUGGAGCAGUACGUGGUGGUGGCGGACUACCAGAAGCAGGAGAGCUCGGAGAUCAGCCUCAGCGUGGGGCAGGUGGUGGACAUCAUCGAGAAGAACGAGUCAGGUUGGUGGUUCGUCAGCACCGCCGAAGAGCAAGGCUGGGUGCCCGCCACCUGCCUCGAAGGGCAGGAUGGCGGGCAGGACGAGUUCUCCCUGGAGCCGGAGGAAGAGGAGAAGUACUCGGUCAUCUACCCAUACACGGCACGCGACCAGGAUGAGAUGAACCUGGAGCGAGGGGCCGUGGUGGAGGUCAUUCAGAAAAACCUGGAAGGCUGGUGGAAGAUCAGGUACCAGGGCAAAGAGGGCUGGGCCCCAGCCUCGUACCUGAAGAAGAGCAGCGGGGAGCCCUUCUCCCUGAAGCCGGGCUCCGGCUCUCCCGCCCACACGGGCCUCCUGGACCUGGAUGGGGUUUCCCGGGCGCCGAACGCGGCGGGCAGGGAGAGGGAGCCGCUCAGCAGCCAGAGGGACGGCCGCUUCGAAGGCCGCCCGCUGCCAGACGGCGACGCCAAGCAGAGGUCGCCCAAGAUGAGGCAGAGACCCCCUCCUCGCCGGGAUAUGACCAUACCUCGGGGUCUCAACCUGCCCAAGCCCCCCAUCCCACCCCAAGUGGAGGAGGAGUAUUAUACCAUCGCCGAGUUCCAGACUACCAUCCCCGAUGGCAUCAGCUUCCAGGCGGGCCUCAAAGUCGAGGUGAUCGAGAAGAACCUGAGUGGCUGGUGGUACAUCCAGAUCGAAGACAAGGAAGGAUGGGCCCCGGCAACCUUCAUCGACAAGUACAAGAAGACCAGCAACGCCUCGAGGCCCAACUUCCUGGCGCCCUUGCCCAAUGAGAUGGCGCAGCUGCGGCUGGGAGAGGCGGCGAUGGAGGGCAGCGCGGGCGGGGAGGCGGGCGGCCCCUCUCGGCCCCUGCCUGACGCCCCGCUCGGGGCCGUGGACUCCGGGGUGCCGAGGCCCAAAGACUGGAAGGGCGGGAAGGAGGCCCUGAGGAGGGCGCCCCCCGACGUGCCGGGCACGGGCUACGAGGAGAUCGCCGACCUCGCCCCGGAGAAGCCCAGCCUCCCUCCCCGGAAGGAGUCCAUCAUCAAGUCGGAAGGGGAGCUGCAGGAGCGCGAGCGGCAGCGGCUGGAGCAGCUCCGGGGCUCCUCGCCCAAGCCCCCCGGCGUGAUUCUGCCCAUGGUUCCGGCCAAACACGGCCCCCCGGCCCGGGACGUCAAGAAGCCGGAGCCCAAGCCUGACAAGAGCAAGGUGCUCCAGCUGAGGAACGAGAUGGGGCUGGAGUGCGGCCACAAAGUGCUGGCCAAGGAGGUGAAGAAGCCCGACCUCCGGCCCAUCUCCAAACCCAAGGCCGACCCGCCGGAGGAGAAGCCGGAGGCCGCCCCCCAGAACCCCUUCCUGAAGGCCAAGCCUCAGGUGAGGCCCAAGCCAGCCUCCUCCCCCCGCGUCGAGGCGCCUCGGGGCGAAGAGCAGCUGGACAUCUGCAACCUCAGGAGCAAGCUGCGGCCCGCCAGGCCGCCCGAGAAGCCCCCGCCGGACGGGGAGAGCGGCCCCCAGGCUGCUGGGGGCCCGGACGCGGCCCCCGGCCGCGGCUUCCUCCCCGGGGAGGGGCCCGGUCGCGCUCCGGACAGGACGGGCAAACAGGACGGGCUCGGCCCCAGGGAGGUCCCCUUCAGGCCCCCUCCGAAGCCGGCCAAGGCCGCGGAUCCCGCGCCCAAGAGUGUGCCUGUGCCUCUCCGAGAGGCCCCCCAGGAGGCUCCCCAGCAGAGACCCGUGAUCCCGCCCCGCAGACCGCCGCCCCCCAAGAAAGCCUCAGCCUCCCCCAGGCCCCUCCCGGAGCCCGCGGGGCCGCAGCAGCGCGAGGCCGGCGAAGGCAGGGCGCCCCCCGCCCCGGGCCGGGCCCUGCUGGUCCCUCCCAAAGCCAAGCCUUUCCUGGCCAGCUCCUCGGGGGGCCCCGAAGACCCCCGAGGGAGAGGCGGGCCGGGCCCGCGGGUGGCGGGCAGGCUGAUGGGGGAGAACAGGGAGAAGGCGGCGGCGGCGGCCGCCCCCUUCCCCGGCGCCGACAGCCCGAGGGACCUGUACGUGGCCGUGGCCAGCUUCGAAGGGGACGAGGACGCCAGCAGCUUCCAGGAGGGGACGGUGUUCGAGGUGCGGGAGAAGAGCAGCAGCGGCUGGUGGUUCUGCCAGGUCCUCGGCGGGGCGCCCGCCUGGGAAGGCUGGAUCCCCUCCAACUAUCUCCGCAAGAAGCCCUAG